AUGGCCCAUCUCUACCCGCACCUCCGCAUCCACCAGGUCUUUGGCGCCAACACCGACGUCGGCAAGACCAUCUUCACGACGGCCCUCUGCCUCGCAUCUGCAGCCCUCCCUCGCGAUGCCACCGCAUCAUCCCCUCCCCCGCAGCCCCCGCUAGAGGCGGCUGCCCUCGGCUUGGGAGAGCGCGUCCACUAUCUCAAGCCGGUCUCGACCGGCAACAUCGACGACUCUGACGACGCCCACAUCGCCAGCCAUGCCCCCUCCACCUCCUACACCACCCUCUACCGCUUUGCGGAACCCGUAUCCCCCCACCUCGCAGUCGAGCUCGAGAAACGCGCAAUGCUCAGCGAGAGAGAAGUCGGCGGCGCUCCCGCACCACCCACCGACGUCGACUUUGUGCGUCACGUCGGAGACUGGCUUCACGACGCUGCCGCGGCUUCCUCCCCCUCGUCCUCCUCCUCUGGGCCCGCUGCCGUCGCCUACGUCGAGACUGCGGGAGGCGUGCACUCGCCCGGACCCAGCGGAACCUCGCAAUCGCAGCUCCUGCGCCCGCUCCGCCUCCCCACCAUCCUCAUCGGCUCUUCGGAGCUCGGCGGCAUCUCGACCACCCGCAGCGCCUACGAGAGCCUCAUGAUGAACGGCUACGAUGUCGAGGCCGUCCUCCUCUUCCCAUCGCGGCGCUACGGCAACGUCGAGUACCUUCGCAGGUACUUUCAAGAGGAGCACGGCAUCCCCGUCUGGGGCCUCGGCGGGCCCAACGAUCCAUCUCUGUCGGCCGACGCGCACGCCUGGGGACCUCCGCCGGUGCGUAAUUCGGACUCGAGCGCUGACCGCGCCGCGAUGCAGGCCUUCUACAGGGGUCUCGUGCAAGGCCGGUCCGCCGAGGACAUCCUCAGGACCGGCGGCGAGGGAAGCAAAGAGGAAGAUGUCGGAGGCGUGUACUCGGUGGUCCACCACCUGCGCCAGAGGCACCAGGCAAGGCUGCGGGAGAUCUCGACGCUGGCCAGCCGGACUCGCCAGACGUGCUGGUGGCCCUUUACCCAGCACACCCUCACCAAGAGCGACGCCGAGGUCAACGUCAUCGACAGCGCUCAUGGCGAUUUCUUUGCCGCCCUCGAUCAGCGUGGCGGCGCGAAGCGGGCAGACGGAAAGCCCGUUAGCCUGCUUCAGCCGCUGCUCGAUGGCUCGGCGUCGUGGUGGACCCAGUGCCUCGGCCAUGCCCCCAAUCGUCUGGUGCAGGCUGCGGCCAAGGCCGGCGCCCGGUACGGCCACGUCCUGUUCCCGAAUGGCGCCCACGAGCCGGCACUCUACCUGGCAGAAGCCCUGACGGGUAAACACGGCGGAAGCGGCAGCACCGGCGGCGAUCUCGGCACGCAUCCUGGCGCCGGUUGGGCUUCGCGCGCCUUUUUCAGCGACAAUGGCAGCACCGGCAUGGAGGUGGCGAUCAAGAUGGCCAUCCAGUCUUCGCUGGUGCGCUACUCGGUCGACCGGCCUUCUAGCGAGGCUGCCGGAAAGCGUGCCGAAAAGGGCAGGCAGCCUGGUUACAUGUCUGGGCGGCCCAAACGUGAAUGGGAGGUGCUCGGCCUCAAGGGCAGCUACCACGGCGACACGAUCGGUGCCAUGGACGCUUGCGAGCCGAGCGUCUACAGCGAGGCGGUCGACUGGUACCGCGGGCGCGGUCACUGGUUCGAGCCGCCGCUGGUUGAGGUCAAGCAGGGUCGGGUGACGAUCAGCCUGGCAAGGACGGGUGACGACACCUCGCUGGUCAAGGACGGAGACGUGCCCGAAUCGCUCAGGCCCUGCCAGACCGAGGCUGGCAAGCCCGCCAAGGUCUACGAAGCGACGUACGCUUCGAUGCAGGAGGCCUACGACGUCGAAGCGAGGUUGCGCACAGAUCCACUGGCGAGCGUCUACCGCCGCUCGAUUCGCGCCGAGCUCGAGCGCCUGGUUGUGGUCGAGGGACGCCGGUUCGGUGCCGUCAUCCUCGAACCGCUCGUGAUGGGCGCGGGCGGCAUGCUCUUUGUCGAUCCGCUCUUCCAGCGCACCUUGAUCGACGUCGUGCGCGAGAGCGAGGACCUGUUCAGCCUCACCGACCCGCCGUCUCGUACGGCGCGCACGCCGACGCACAACGCAUCGCGGCCAUCGGGACGCGAGCGACGGGACCAGAGCGAGUGGCAGGGCCUGCCGAUCAUCUUUGACGAGGUGUUUGCGGGCCUGUACCGACUCGGCCACGCCACGACCGCGUCGGUCCUUGGGGUGACGCCCGACAUUUCCUGCCUGGCCAAGAUUCUGACGGGCGGUAUGGUGCCCAUGUCGGUGACGCUGGCGUCGAGCAGCAUCUUUGAGACUUUCAGCCGGAGCGAGAGCAAGGUCGACGCCCUGCUGCACGGCCACAGCUACACGGCGCACCCGAUCGGAUGCCAGGUCGCGCUCGAGACGCUGCGGACGAUCGCAGAGCUCAAGAAGAGCCAAGGAUGGACGGGCGCGCAGGGCCAGUGGCUGGCCCAGCGCGAUGGCGAAUCCGUCCCUGCCGACGCCACCGCCACCUCGGCGCCAACUUCAAACAGCGACGAGGCCAGCGGGGUGCGGAACGGGACUCCGGGCGCCUGGUCUUUCUGGUCGCCCGCGGCUGUCGACCAGCUGUCAAAGCUGCCCAACGUCGACCACGCGAUCGCCAUGGGAUGCGUGCUCAAAGUCUGCCUCAAGGAUGGAGAGGGCGGGGGCGGCUACACGUCGACGGCGUCGGUCGACAUCCUCAAGAAGCUGCGCACCCAUCCCACGGCGCUGCAGGGACACGCUUCGGUGCCCGCCUCGACGCCGUCGCAGCAGCCGGGGGAUGCCGAUGCGGUGCUGCCUUUCAACGUGCACGCGCGCCCGCUCGGCAACGUCAUCUACUUUAUGUCGAGCCUCAACACGCCCAAUGAGGUGCUGAGGACCACUGAGAAGGUCGUCACCAAGGCUGUCAGGGAAGCCGCACGGUAG